AGCCGCCUUGCGCCCGUGCUGCUGCUCCCGCAAAGAUGCUCGCCGCACGCUCCGCCCUCCGCACGGCCCGCCAGGCGUCGCAGCUCCGCUGCGCGAGCUCCCUCAAGGAGGUCCUCGCUGAACAGAUCCCGGCGAAGCAGGCGGAGCUGAAGGAGAUCAAGACGAAGCACGGCAGCAAGGUGCUCGGCGAGGUGACGGUGGACCAGUGCAUCGGCGGCGGCCGCGGCGUCAAGUGCAUGCUCUGGGAGACGUCGCUGCUCGACGCCGCCGAGGGCAUCCGGUUCCGCGGCUACACGAUCCCCGAGUGCCAGGAGAUCCUGCCGACGUUCAAGGGCCCCGCGGGCGACGGCGAGCCGACGCCCGAGGCGCUGACCUGGCUCCUGCUCACGGGCGAGGUGCCGACGAAGGAGCAGGCCGACAGCCUGACCGCCGAGCUCUUCGCGCGGUCGAAGCUGCCCGAGCACGUGACCGCGCUCAUGAAGACGCUGCCCAAGACCAUGCACCCCAUGACCCAGUUCUCGUUGGGCCUCCAGGCCUGCCAGACGGAGUCCAAGUUCGCCAAGGCCUACAGCGACGGCGUGCACAAGUCGCAGUACUGGGACAGCACGUACGAGGACGUCAUCGACGUCAUCGCCAAGCUGCCCGAGAUCGCCGCCGCGGUCUACCGCAACACCUACUUCGACGGGUCCAUCACCCGGGACCACUCCCUCGACUACAGCGCCAACUUCUGCCGCAUGCUCGGCAUGGAGAGCCCCGCGUUCGACGAGCUCAUGCGCCUGUACCUCUGCAUCCACACGGACCACGAGGGCGGCAACGCGUCGGCCCACGCGACGCACCUCGUCGGGUCGACGCUCUCCGACCCCUACAACUCCUACGUCGCGGGCCUCAACGCGCUCGCGGGCCCGCUCCACGGCCUCGCGAACCAGGAGGUGCUCGCGUGGAUCCAGGAUCUCAAGGCCAAGUUCGACGCCGAGGGCAAGGCCGUCAACGAGGAGACCAUCACGGCCUUUGCGUGGGACACGCUGAACAACGGCCAGGUCAUCCCGGGCUUCGGCCACGCGGUCCUCCGGAAGACGGACCCGCGCUACACGUGCCAGCGCGAGUUCGCGUUCAAGCACCUCCCCGACGACGACCUCUUCAAGAUUGUGGACACGAUCUACAAGGUCAUGCCCGGCGUCCUCACGGAGCACGGCAAGACGAAGAACCCCUACCCGAACGUCGACAGCCACAGCGGCGUGCUCCUCUGGCACUACGGCUUCACGCAGUACGAGUACUACACGGUCCUCUUCGGCGUGUCCCGCGGCAUCGGCGCGCUGAGCCAGGUCUUCUGGGACCGCGCCCUCGGCCUCCCCCUCGAGCGCCCCAAGUCCCUCACGACGGGCUGGAUCAAGGACUUCUGCGAGAAGCAGGACGACGAGAAGGUCGCCGCCUAGGCCGACGCCGCGAUCCGCACGAGCCCCCUCCACCUCCCUCCGCCCCUCUAAGUGAAUCUUCUAGC